UUACAAUUUGUUUUAAAUUUAUUAUAUUAUAAUAAUUUAUAUAACUAUUUAUACGUCAUAAUGAGUAUUGAUGAAAAACUUAUUGAGUUGGUUCGCUCUCACGUGGAGUUAUAUGAUUUAUCACAUGCCAAGUAUAUGGAUAGCGGGUAUAAAGAUAAUAUUUGGCGUAGUAUUGGAGAUGAAAUAAACCUAACAGGAAAAAUGUGCAAAGCUCGUUGGAAUAAUAUCCGAGACAAUUAUCGAAAAUCCAUCAAAAAAACAACAAGUGGGCAAGCCGCUAAAAAAUUAAAAAAAUAUAAAUUUGAUGACCAGCUACAAUUCUUAAAACCACAUCUACAAGAAAGAGAAACUAUGGGUAACAUAGCAGAUGUAAUAGUUGACAAUGAAGACGUAGAUAUUUUCAAUGAAAACGUGGACGAAAAUGAUAAUGAAAAUGAAAACGUUGCAGUUCAAAGUGAAGAGAACAUGAACGAAAUAGUGUUAGACGGUGGCGAGCAGUUGAAAACUGUUGAACAAACUAGGUUGUCUAAACCAGCUCAAAAAUUGACCAAAAAACGUUCAAUUAAUACACCAGAUUCGGCUUCAACUACGUUGAUGAAGUAUAUUAUGCAAAAAAAGGAAAGUAAUAAUAUGUCCAAUGCCGCUCAGAAUAAUCCAGUUGAUGCUUUUUUGGCAGGCCUCUCACCAACACUUAAGACAUUCACGCCGUAUUACUUAAACUUAGUUAAAUCCAAAAUAUUUUCAGUAGUACAAGAGUAUGAAAUGAAAAUGAUCUUAGACGAAGAACAGAAAAAAAAAUGUCAAACGGUGCCAUAUUUUAAUGUAUCAUCCCCAACAUAUCAAAAUAGUAUUCCCAAUGCAGCUCAAAACUACAAUAAUGUACCAUACAACCAUCAUGCCUAUGUACAAGUGCCAAACCAUACAAUAUCACCAAAUACAUCGUAUUGUUCAUCUGCGCCACCAUCCCCUGCAGAUUUAAGUCAAAAUAUUUCUACUCAGAACCUUGCUUAUAAUAUUCCAGCUCAAAACAACCAUAAUGUACAAGAACCAAGAGACGUCAUGACAUCUACAUCACAUUACCUGUCCUCGUCACCAUCUCCACAAUUUUCUAAAAGAAAUGCUCAAAACCAUGCUUAUGUACAAGUACCAAAAAAUACAAUAUCGCCAAAUACAUCGUAUUGUUCAUCUGCGCCACCAUCUCCUGCAGAUUUAUCUCAAACUAUUUCUUUAAACGCUACUCAGAACCUUGUCUAUAACAUUCCAGGACCUACAGACAUUUACCAAUAAUUUUAUAUUAUAAUAUUAUGUUAAUUUGUAUUUAUUUACUAAGUUGUUUUUAAUGUAUUAAGAAAAUAUUCAACAUUUGAUUAUUUUACAAGGAAACAUUUAUUUUAAAAGCAAUUUUUUUUUAUUAAUUUUAUAAAAAAACAUAUAUUUUAAAAAAAUUUAAAAUUUGUUAAGUUUAAUUUAAUUUAAAAAAAUAAAUUACCAUAUAUACAUAAUAAAAUUGUACACGUACCUUAAACAAACUGCCAGUCGUUCUCUUGGAGUUAUUGCCUCUCUCCAAAAAGUAUCUUGUUUUUUAAUAUCAUUUUCAAUUUUAUGUAACAAUACGUUGAAACUGUAUUGUGGCAUUCGAAAAUAUUCAAAAAAUUUCGUUUCAUGAUCAACUAGGUCUUUGUAUAAAGUGGCAAAUUCACCUUCUGUUUUUCUUUUUUUCCAUACGUCGUGAACCCAAAGUCUUUUUUGUUUUUUACUCUUUGUUUUUUCUUCUUCUUCGUCUAGUAACAACGCAAGUACAGCUAGAUCUUCUAUUUCAUCAAAAUUAUCAAUCAUAUUUGUAAAACGUAGGUACGAACGUGCACUUCACACUGACGUAUAGUACUAUACUGAAGUAAGUUGGUAAUGAAAAGCUCAAAAAUAAUUUUCACUGAUAUCUAAUACUGAACGGACAUCACGGAUACGAAUCGGUUAAGUGUAAAUACACUUGCACUGAUACUGAACGGACGUUGCGGAUACGGAACGGAUACGGAACGGUUAUGUGUAAAUAGA